UCGUCACGUGACACGGAAGUGACUACGAACAGGAAGAGGACGAAAAAAAUAACCGUCCGCGACGCCGAGCCGAACCGGACCAGCAGCCACCAUGAACAGCAAAGGUCAAUAUCCAACGCAGCCAACCUACCCCGUGCAGCCUCCUGGGAAUCCAGUGUACCCUCAGACCUUGCAUCUUCCUCAGGCUCCGCCCUAUACUGAUGCCCCACCUGCCUACUCAGAGCUCUAUCGUCCGAGCUUCGUGCACCCAGGGGCUGCCACAGUCCCCACCAUGUCGGCUGCGUUUCCUGGUGCCUCCCUGUAUCUUCCCAUGGCCCAGUCUGUGGCUGUUGGACCAUUAGGUUCCACAAUCCCUAUGGCCUAUUAUCCAGUUGGUCCCAUCUACCCACCUGCCUCCACCCCCUGGAUGCCCUCCCAAUGCUGCUCAGCUCGCGGUCAUGCAGGGAGCCAAUGUCCUCGUAACUCAGCGGAAGGGAAACUUCUUCAUGGGUGGCUCAGAUGGUGGCUACACCAUCUGGUGAAGAACGGAGGCCACCUCUGUACCGAGAAAGACAUCACAUACCUUCAGCACUUCUCACAAUGUAACUGCUUUAGUCAUAUUAACCUGAAGUUGCAGUUUAGACACAUGUUGUUGGGGUGUCUUUCUGGUGCCCAAACUUUCAGGCACUUUUCAAACUUAAUAAGGAACCAAGUAAUGGUAGCAGUACCUCCUUAAAGCAUUUUGAGGUAGGGGAGGCAUCCAUUCAUAAAAUGAAUGUGGGUGAAGCAGCCCUAAGGAUCUUCCUUGACUUCCUCUGGAGUAAUACUGUACCAUACUGGUCUUUGCUCUUAGUAAUAAACAUCAAAUUAGGUUUGGAGGGAACUUUGAUCUUCCUAAGAAUUAAAGUUGCCAAACUAUUCUGAUUGGUCUUUAAUCUCCUUUAAGUCUUUGAUUUCUAUUACUUGUUAUAAAUGAAACGCAUUAGUUGUCUGCCUUUCCCUGUCCAUCCCUUGCCCCACGUCCCACCCUCAACCCUAGUCUUCCAGUUCCUUCCCACCAGUCUCCAUUGAAUCAAUGGUGCAGGACAGAAAGCCAGUCAGACUAACUUCCUUCUUUCCUUGCACUUCUCCCCACUUGCCAUCUUUUAACUAGUCUUUCACAAGGAUCCUCUGAAACCCCUUCUGUGCCCCAAGCACGACCCCAUUACUUCUGGGUUUUUUUUGCAACUCAGGCAAAUGUGGAGGGUGCCUCUCGGACCUUCCUCAUAGGCUGUCUCUUCAUCUGUGAACCAAACCCAAAUUUGCUCCGGAGUCCAAAAACCUGAGAGCUCUAUUUGAACAAAGGGUCUCAGUGCAAACUGUACUGUAAACAAGUUUGUUUAAAACGUGGAGGCAGGGAGGGGGAUGCAUUUCAAAAGCCUGAUGACGUUAGAGCCAAAUUAGGGGACGUUUUCCCACCCCAAAACUGGUCACCAUGUAUCGUCGGAGUAUCGGACAUAGGCACUCAUGGUUCCCAAGAACUCAUAGGCUGGGUUAAUGGGGUCAUGAUAUGAAUCCCUCACUACAAAAUGACUUGAGUCCAGUGAAAUCUCAUUAGGGUUAAGAAUAUUUCAGGGAUCCUUAAUAUUUUGAUUUUUAUUUUCUGAAAUUGGAUUUUAUUUUAUUUUAUCUUAUAAGUUCAGUUCAUCUAAAUUUUGUGUUCUGUACAUGUGAUGUUUGACUGUACCAUUGACUGUUAUGGAAGUUCAGCGUUGUAUGUCUCUCUCUACACUGUGGUGCACUUAACUUGUGGAUUUUUUAUACUAAAAAUGUAGAAUAAAGACUAUUUUGAAGAUUUGAAUAAAGUGAUGAAGUUGCAUUACACCUCA